AUGCAUAUUAUUAAGGAAAUUAUUAUUAGUAUAGUUAAUAAUUCUAUUAAGAUUGAUCACCUUGAAAUUACUAUGGGAAAUAUGGAUGGUAUCGUUUUUGAUUAUCUUGAUUCGGAAUAUUUUUUGGAUAUAUUUAAUGAAAUUCCUUCUAUUUGGUUUACAAAAAUUUCAAAACUUGAAUAUGAUGGUCAACAUUUACUUAAAAAAUUUCAAGAAAAUGCUUAUAAUAUUAAUAGUUUAUCAUUUGGUUUUCAUACUUUUAUACCUGAUUUGAUUCCUUCAAUUUCUUCUUUAAUUUCAAUUCAGAAUAAUUUGGUGGAUUUAGAUUUAUAUUUAGGUUAUAAUGACAGUGAAAUUAUUAUUUUUGAGAUUAUAUUAACAUUAACGACAACUUGUGUACAUUCAUUAAAAUCAUUAUCAUUAGCAUCAGGUGGUAGUGGUAUAGUACAAAAUGUUAAAGAAUUAGAAAUGUUAUCAAGAUGUAAUCAUUUAGAAAGAUUACAAUUACGAAAUGUUGAAUUCACAAUUUACAACAACAAUAAUAAUUUUUUAUUUGAAUUUUCAAAUUUAAUAUCUUUAGAAUUAUUCGAUGUUAGAAUGGUUAGUCAAAAUUCUGAAGAAGAUCUCGUUAAUUUAAUUAAACAAAUUAUGAAAAAUUCAAAAUUAAUUAGUUUAGAUUUGGAACCUUUUAUUGGUGAUAAAUAUUGUAAUUUAGUCGAAUCUAUUCCACAUUAUUGUUCUAAUUUAACUGAAUUAACUUUGAAGAUAAAUGACACUUAUGAAAAUACCAUAAUAGCGAUAUUAACUAUUUUACCACUUUUUAAUAAACUUAGAAUUCUUCGUAUAACGGAAGAUUGGGGUGGAAUUCAAUUAGAUGGUGAUAUAUAUAUUAAUCAAUUAUCUUUAAUAUUACCCAACCAAUUACAAUUUUUUAAUAUUACUGGAUUACUUUUUUCUGAUAAACAUUUGAAUUUAUUUUUGGAAAAAUGUUGUUCUAAUUUAAAACAAGUAGUUUUAUUACUUAAAAAUUAUGAUGAAAAAUAUGAACAAAUUAUCAAAUCAUAUUCAUUAGAAAGAAAUAAGAUUAUUGAAGAUAUUUUUGUUUCUAUUGAUAGUAGGUCUGAGAUUACUAUUAAUUGGAAAUGA